AUUAAUUAUUUAAUUUCCGUUUGCGGUCACACUUGCGUCGUUUAUUGCUUUUUUUUGUGAAAAUUUCUCUUAUUUAAAAAAAAUGGGUUCCUCGUCGUCCGGAAAGAAGCACAAAAAGGACAAGAAGAACCGGCAUAGGUCGCGAUCGCCGGAGCGCCAGCGCCGAGCCACGGAGGACGAGGAUUUGACCAUGGAUCUGACCGACGACUCAUCGUCGCGUCACAGACACCACAAGCACAAGAAGCACAAGGAGCACCGCCACAAGCAUCACAAGCAAAAGGAGCGCGAGCGUCCCAGCGAGGUCAUCUCCCUGGAGGAGUCGGACUCGGAUAGUUCCGACUGCGUGGAGGUUCCGGUGCAGGAGCAGGGCAAAGUCAGGGAUGCCAGGGAAGCCCCCGAUCGCGAGCGGGAUUCUGGACGCGAGCGUGAUCUUCUAAGGGAAAGGGAGCGGGACCGGGAACGCGAGAGGGAACGCGAUAGAGACCGUGAAAAGGAGCGCGAAAAUCAGCGUGAAAGGGAGCGCGAGAAGGAGCGCCUCAAGGAGCGGGAGGAACGUGAAAGGGAGCGCGAGAAGGAGCGCGAAAAGGAACGCCUCAAGGAGCGCGAAAGGGAACGCCUAAAGGAGCGUGAGAGGGAACGGGAACGCGAACGCGAACGGGAGCUCACCGCUCCUCCACCUCCGCAAAUCUCCAGGCAUGCCGAAUAUGAAUCCCGAAGAGAACGAGAAAUCGAGAGGGAGCGGGAAGCCCGUAAGCGCUCGGGUAGAGAGCGGGAGCGGGAACGAAACCGUGAACGUUCCCGAUCCCAGUCGCCUCCGUCGGCCACCCGUAAACCCGCCGCAAAGGAACGCGAGGCCUCAUCACGUUCCUACUCGCCCAUACCUGAAAACGGAGCCGGGGAUGUCCUCUCCAUUACGGAGACUAAUAAACUUCGUGCCAAGCUGGGCCUCAAGCCACUCGAGAUGGAAAGUGGUCCCAGCAAGGUGACGCCGACCGCCGGAAACGGUAGCCAGGCCGAGAGCAAGAAAUCCUCUGGCGAUGCCGAUCUAUCAUCUUACAAAGAUGAAUGGGGCGAAUUCCUGCACAAGCCGGCGGACAACCUAAAGGAGAAGAAGCAGGCAGAGAAGUUGCGCGAGAAGCUUAAGCAGCGCAAAGAAAAGCGGUUUUUGGAAGAGCGCCUUGCUCGCAUUAAAACGCUGGGAGAGUCUGACGAGGAAACGGACAAUGUAUCCAAAUGGGUGGACAAGAACAAGCGAGUGGUUAACGAACGCGAAGAGGCGAGGCGUAAGGCCAAAGAGCUGGAGGAGCUGGAUGAGGCCUUUGGCGUUUCAGAGCUGCUUGAGAAAGAGAAAACCAAAGCCCGUCAACGCGCCUAUGGCGAUAGCAACUUAAAGGGCCUGCGAGUGGAUCACGACAUGGAUGAUUUUGGCGAAGGACGCACCGUCAUCCUAACACUCAAGGAUCAAGAUGUGCUAAACGAAGAGGAGGGCGAUACUCUAGUCAAUGUCAACAUGCUCGACGAAGAGCGCUACAAGAAGAAUGUGACCAACAAAAAGCUGAAUCCGCUCAGUUAUGGUUACAAUGUGUACGAAGAGCAGUACGAUGAGUUGGGCAAUCCAAUCGAGCGUUCUGUGUUGGAAAAGUACGAUGAUGACAUCGAGGGUCAACCAAAAAAGCGCAAGAACUUUGUGAUCGGGGAAAAUAUGGAUGAAGAGAGGGAACACAGACGAAAGCUCCUUGAGAUUAAAACCAAAUUAGCCGGCAAACGCUUGGAAACCUUGGAGGAUACCAAUCUGCAGCUGGCAUCGGACACGUACAGUACUGAAGAGUUGGCCAAAUUCAAGAAGCCAAAGAAAAAGGUUAAGAAACUCCGCCAAAAACUAAAAGCAGACGAUCUUGAGUCUUUAAUGGAGCCAGGAACGUCAGCUUCCUCAAACUUUGGUAGUCGUGGUGGACGUUAUCGUGAUCACGAGGAUGAGGUCAUGGAGCUGGAGGCCGUUAAAACUGAAGUCAAGGUGGAAGCUGAGGAUGAUGAUUUAGAAAGGGUUUUAGCAAAGGCUCGAAAACUAAAACAGAAGGAGAAUAUUAUUAAGAAGUCAUUACCCGUCGAUUUCGAAUGCAUUCAGCGGGAGAUCAAACCCGAACCCGUAGAGGAGAACAGUUCUGAAGUAGCCUCUACUGGUGUAGAUGCCAACAUCGUGUUAAAUGCCACUGCUGAGUUUUGCCGUACAUUGGGUGAUAUACCCACGUACGGGAUGGCGGGCAACCGAAACGAGGACUCCAAUGACAUGUUGGACUUUGACAAGACCGAUCAGCCAGAGGAGCACAUGGACACGCAAGACGACGAGCCCGCCCUGAGUCAUGGAACCUGGAAUUCAGUCAAUCCCGAUGAAGUCAUGCAGCCCGCCGACUUGGACAAUCUGGGAGAGGAUCUGGAGGAUCGUGCCAUUUUGGAUGAGGAGCCUGAUGUGGGCGCUGGUGUAGCGAAUGCUUUGCGCCUGGCUCUGUCCAAGGGUUACCUCGAAAAGGAGGAAAAGAAUAGGCCUAGCAACACGAAAAUGGCCCAUUUGCAGGCCAAGAACUACUCUAUUGAAGACAAAGCUGCUGGUGAGGACGACAAGGUUGGACGUCGUGAUCGGUUCCACUUUGGGCCAAUUACGGACUUCAAGGACAAGGAGACCUUCAAGCCUAAUGUCAAGCUGGACUAUAUUGACGACAAUGGUCGCAUAUUGAACCUGAAAGAGGCUUUCCGGUAUUUGUCGCAUAAGUUCCACGGCAAGGGACCGGGAAAGAAUAAGAUUGAAAAGCGUCUGAAGAAAAUGGAGCAGGAUGGGUUAAUGAAGACCAUGAGCUCGACUGACACACCAUUGGGCACUCUGACCAUGUUGCAGCAAAAGCAAAAGGAGACCAAAACCGCUUACGUGGUGCUCAGUGGCAGCAACAAAAAUGCGCCCGGUGUCAGCGGCUCCUCUAUAGCCAAAUUCAAGUAGAGAAGGCAUCAAGAAAUCGAUUUAACUACCAAGAUAACCAAGAUACCAUAACCAAAUGCAAUAGAUACUUUCUAAUCCGCGUACUAAAUAAUUAAGUUCAGAACUCUACCUAUGCAUCCGGCCCAAAUAUGUAAUUCUCUUCAUAUUUAUUCAAAUACACUUUGGAUUUAUCUCAA